AGUACUCGGGCGCAGAGAUCCAGCUUCAACAUGGGAAAAGUUUUCCUUGAGCAAGGCUGAAGAAGACGUCACCGUAUCUACUUUUUUUUAACCUUGAAUUGAGAAGUCUGGUGUUGCCUAGUUUGGGAGUAGCUGGAUCAUUCGUAAACUCACAAGGGACUGCAGUUCAUUUGGAGUAAUGGUUGUCAAUACGAUCCACUGGUUCAGAAAGGGCUUAAGGCUCCAUGAUAACCCAUCUCUGCUGGACUCUGUAAUAGGAGCUGAUACUCUGAGAUGUGUUUAUAUACUGGACCCCUGGUUUGCAGGAUCGUCCAACGUGGGAAUCAGCAGAUGGAGGUUUUUGCUGCAGUGUCUUGAGGACUUGGACGCCAGCCUUCGCAAACUUAACUCUCGCCUCUUUGUCAUCAGGGGCCAACCCACGGAUGUCUUUCCAAGACUAUUUAAGGAGUGGAAAAUCAGCCGGCUGUCAUACGAGUACGACUCCGAGCCCUUCGGGAAGGAUCGUGAUGCAGCCAUUAAGAAGCUGGCCAGUGAGGCAGGGGUGGAAGUCUUCGUCAGGAUCUCCCACACACUCUAUGAUCUGGACAAGAUUAUAGAGUUAAACGGAGGACAGUCUCCUCUUACCUAUAAACGAUUUCAGACACUCAUCAGCAGAAUGGAUCCUGUGGAAAUUUCAGCAGAGACUAUCACAGCUGAAGUCAUGGGCAAAUGCGUAACACUCAUCAGCGAAGACCAUGAUGACAAGUUUUGCGUACCCUCACUGGAGGAGCUCGGUUUUGAAACAGAGGGUCUGUCAACAGCUGUGUGGCCUGGUGGAGAGACUGAAGCUCUGACUCGAUUAGAGAGACACCUGGAGAGGAAGGCUUGGGUGGCUAAUUUUGAGCGUCCCAGAAUGAAUUCUAAUUCCUUGCUGGCCAGCCCCACAGGCCUGAGCCCUUACCUCCGCUUUGGCUGCCUAUCCUGCAGACUUUUCUAUUUCAAACUCACAGACCUCUACAGAAAGGUCAAGAAGAACAGCGUCCCACCACUGUCCCUUUACGGUCAGCUGCUCUGGCGUGAGUUCUUCUACACGGCUGCCACUAACAACCCACACUUCGACAAAAUGGAGUUUAAUCCCAUCUGCGUGCAGAUCCCGUGGGACAGGAAUCCCGAAGCCUUGGCGAAGUGGGCUGAGGGCCGGACUGGUUUCCCAUGGAUUGAUGCCAUAAUGACCCAGUUGAGGCAGGAGGGGUGGAUCCACCAUCUGGCCAGGCACGCUGUUGCUUGCUUCCUCACGCGUGGAGACCUGUGGAUCAGCUGGGAAGAGGGCAUGAAGGUGUUUGAAGAGUUGUUGCUGGAUGCUGACUGGAGCGUCAACGCAGGAAGCUGGAUGUGGCUUUCAUGCAGCUCAUUCUUCCAGCAGUUCUUUCACUGUUACUGUCCGGUGAGCUUCGGUCGACGUACCGACCCUAAUGGAGACUAUAUAAGGCGGUAUUUGCCCAUAUUGAGGGGCUUCCCUGCCAAAUUCAUCUAUGAACCUUGGAAUGCCCCAGAAAGUGUUCAGAAGAUCGCUAAGUGCAUAAUUGGAGUGCACUACCCCAAACCCAUGGUUAAUCACGCUGAGGCCAGCAGGAUAAACAUCGAGCGAAUGAAGCAGAUUUACCAGCAGCUGUCCUGCUACCGGGGCCUUGGCCUCCUUGCAACUGUUCCAUUCAGCACAGCCAACAAUGGAGAUGGUAAUGGAGCAGGUCCUUCCUCAGCAGACAUCUCACAGGAGAGCACUCACAUUACAGUGCACCCACCAAGAGCAAGUUCUCAACCAGAGUUGCAACCUUUUACAGUGUCAUGUGAUCAACAGCCUGUCAACAGUGUGCAGCCACAGCCAGGUCACUUAGGUGGUGAUAUAGUUGGACAAGUUCACAAACAGUUACAAAGAGAAAGUGGGACGAGUACUUUGAAGCGACAUAAUGAAGACCGAGCAUCAGAACAUGCAUUGAAGUUUCAGAGGCAAUAUAGUUACUACUAGCCACCACGGAAGCAAGGUCAUACACGCACCUCUCUUCAGUCUAGUGAUGGGACCUGUGGCAUGAUGGACAGCAUCUCCGCAUGCCCGUUAUCAACUCCUCCAUGCUUAGCUUUGCCCUUUAUGCUUUGGCAUGGUGUCUUUCUGCUUGUAAAGCUUGAGUUUGCAUUGAGGUCAAGCGUGGAGAUACGUGUUUUUCCAGCUGUAUGUUGAUGAAUUGUGGAGGAAAAUAUUUUGUAGUCUUUACACAAUCCUACUGUCAUUCAUCUGUUUCUCUUUCCAAGUGUGUGUAUGUUACAUACCAUUUGAUGUCCCUUUGUGCAAUGAUAUCUGAUUGUUUUGGCAAUAACCGUUUUAAACCAUUCUAUAUAAUAUUAAGAGGGAUUUAUUUGGAAAUGUAUACAAUCGCCCAAUUGAGAAUGUUUCAACUAGUUGCUCUUCGGCAAGUCAAAGAAUUUGAUUGAUCUAAAUGUUCAAUUCUAAUUUAUAAAUAGGCUAAUUUAUAAAUAGACACAUUAACAUGUCUGUAAAGUCCAGAGCAAAAAUCUGUAUAUUUUGUCCGAUUUUUGCUUUUUGUAAUGGAGUAA